AUGAUUUUCCUUGGAUAUUUUCUGGUUUACGUAGUCCGCUACAACCUAAGUGUACAUAUCGUGGAUAUGGUAGAAAUGCCAAAGCAUCUGUUCAAUAUUUACCAAAAAGAUGAACCUCAAUCUUUAAGGAGUGUUUUGAACUCUCGAUCUGGGAAUAUUGAUAUAUUACAUUGGAAUGAAAUGAAAAUGGCUUUAUUGCUAGCAUCUUAUCACAUAGGAUAUUGCAUAUGUUUUCCAAUAUUCCACAACAUUGGAGAUACAUUUGGUCCAAUGUGGGUUGUAUGCGUCACUGCUUUUACAUCAGGCGUUUUAAACUGCCUCACUCCAGCUUGUGCCUAUUUCAAUUUCUGGCUGCUCUUCACAGUGCGUAUUCUGAUUGGAUUUUGUGCGGGCGCUAUGAUACCCAGCAUGAUUCAAGUGCUUAGGCAUUGGGUGCCACCAACUGAGCGACAUUAUUUUAUGUGGGCUUACUGUGGUAUUACUACAGGAACAUUCUCUACAUUCUUGAUCUGUGCAGCGGUUCAAUACUAUUUCGUGUGGUCAGUAGGAUUUUACAUAUCGGGAGCUGCGCAAAUCAUUUGGGCUUGCGUUUGGGUGCUGGUGGUCAGUGACAGCCCGUCGAAACAUACAUUUAUAUCAAGAGAAGAAUUGUCGUAUUUAACAACAACUAUCGGUACAGUUUUUAACAUUAAGUUAACCAACUCUCAUGUACCGUGGAAGUUGAUAUUAAAGUCAGUGACAUUCUGGUCACUUUGUGUACUUAACUUCGGAUACGCGUGGAUGAUUACUUCGGUGUGCUUACACUGUCCCCUUUAUUAUACCAUCAUUCUUCAAUAUAGCAUUUAUGAGGCGUCAGCUCUGGUGGCAUUACCAUUCUUUUUGCGGCUCAUAUUAGGAACGAUUAUAAUUCAAACGUAUCAUUGGUACAAAUAUAACAAGAAAAUUAAGAAAAUCAAGCACAUGCGAAAGUAUUUUAUAGUUGUCUCACAUGUUGUACCUGGAUUUUUGGUGUCGAUGGCAUGGCUGGUGCCCGUCAACCCUGGCCCCGUUCUGCUAACCGCAGCCAUUGUUCUCACCGCAGCGGGAAUGGAUCUCACUUUAGAUAUUUGUUACAGUUUAUCACCAAAUUACGUUAACCCUAUCAAUACAGUAAUUAAAAUUAUUGGAAAUCUGCCGGGCAUUAUUGUAUCGAUAUGUGUUGGAGAAGUCACCUACAAAUACAAAAAUACUGCUCUCGUGUGGCGAUACGUAUGGAGCUUUCAUGGCACAGUAAUAUUGUUGAGUGGACUUACAUUUCUCAUUUGGGGCGAAAUUCAUGUUCAAUCAUGGAAUGAAAUAAGGCGCAGGCCAGGAAAAAAAAGAUGUGUUGUUGUAAGACCUUCUACAAUGUCAAAAAUUUCGGAGUUGGACGAAGAAGAUUCUUCGUAA